AUGGGAGAAACUGGAGAUGAUUCAAAAACUCUUAGGGAGUUGUUCUCACCCAUAACCACCAACCCUCCAUCUUGCAUAGUAUUACCUGCAACCACUGCUGCACAUUUUUUGUUGAAGCCACAGAUAAUUCACCUUCUUCCUACUUUUCAUGGAUUGGAUAGAGAAGAUCCUUAUAUGCAUGUGAAGGAUUUUCUUGAGAUUUGUGCUACUUGUAAGUUUCAGAAUUUCACUGAUGACUCUGUUCGCUUGCGUUUAUUCCCUUUUUCCUUGAAGGAUAAGGCAAAAGCAUGGCUUAAUUCUUUGUCACCUGGAUCUAUCACUUCAUGGGAACUGUUGGUCACAAAAUUCCUCUCUAAAUUUUUUCCAAUGGCCAAGACCAAUGCUUUGAGGAGGGAAAUUGCAGAUUUUUAUCAAGAUGAACAAGAGAAAUUUUAUGAGAGUUGGGAGAGAUUUAAGGACUUGAUCUUAAAGUGUCCUCAUCAUGGUUUUGAAAGAUGGAGACUAGUACAAUAUUUUUAUAAUGGUUUGACUCAAACAAAUCAUAACAUGAUUGAGUCCAUGAAUGGUGGUGGAUUUUUGAGUCUUGUAGAUGAUGAGGCAUACAAAUUUUUUGAGAAUUUUUCUGAAAGUUCACAACAAUGGGAUUUUUCCAAUCGUAAAGAGAGAUGUGCCCCUGCAAUUAAGCAAGGAGGAUUGUAUGAAGUCAGUGAAGAUUUAGACAUAAAAGCUAGGUUGGACAAUCUCACUCAUAAGGUUGAAGCUUUAGCUUUAGGUAGAGGGAUGAAUUCUGUCAAUCAAGUUCAAAGUGAAACAUGCUCUAUUUGUGCAAGUCCUAUGCAUAUAACACAAAUGUGUCCUUCUGUAGUUGGGUAUCCUGAUUUUUAUACUGAGCAAGCAAAUGCACUGAAUAAUUAUGGAAAACCAUUUGCUAGUCCAUUUUCAGAGACAUACAAUCCAAAUUGGAGGAACCAUCCUAAUUUCUCAUGGAGGCAAAGUCAGCCUCCCACAAAUGUAGGUGGACAACAAAUGCAUCAACAAAGUCAAUUUCAUCCACCUACUCAAGCAUAUCCUUCCAUUCCUCAAUCAACACCUCAGUUUGUAGCUCCACCAAGACAACAACCAUCUUUGGAGGAGUCUCUCAAAGCUUUCAUGCAAUCAACUAGCCAAGCCAUUCAAGAGAUGAAAAGUUCCACCCAUUUGAAUACUCAAGCUAUUUCGAAGUUGGAAAAUCAAGUUGGCUAG